AGUUCCAUCGCGUGCUUUAAUUUAACCUGAUCGGCUGUCCGCGAAAUAGUGAAAAAUUGAGUAAAAAAAAAAAAAAGAAAAACAAUAAAUAAAAUUGAUUUAUUAACCAGUGCCUCAAUAAUGGAUUAUAAAAAAACAAUAUACAUAAAAUUAGUGUGAAUAUAAUAAUUGUUGUGAUGAUGAUAAAUAUGUUUUUAUUAGAUUUGUGAAUGCGUAUGUCGGCUGACAUAAAAAUGGCCCAGGAAACUGACGACAUCAAUUUGACUCCCCAAGAGCUACAAGUUCUAUCAGAACUAGACAGUCGACAAUUUGGUUUUUUAAAAUUAAAUUCAUCUGAACAUGCUAAAAAAAAAGAGCUUGUUGUACGUGCAAUAAAAUAUCUUGAAAGAAUGCUUGUACAAGCACAAAAUGAAAAACAAAGUCGUCGAGCUGAUAGUACAAAAGGACGUUAUGUUAAAAUUAAAAAAAUUGAUGAUGAUGAUGAAGAGGAUGAUGAUGAUGAUGAUGUUGAUAAUGAUGAUGAUGAUGACGAUGAUGAAAAUGGUAUUAGCAUUGAUCCAAAAACAUAUUGUAAACUUGGUCAUUUUCAUUUACUUCUUGAAGAUUAUGCCAAAGCAAUGUCAGCAUAUCAACAAUUUUAUACAUUAAAAGGAGACUAUUGGAAAGACGCUACUUUUCUUUAUGGACAAGGUCUUGCCUAUUAUCAUUUCAAUGCUUAUCAGUGGGCAAUAAAGGCAUUUCAACAGGUAUUAUGGGUGGAUCCAAGUUUUCCACGUGCAUGCGAUAUUCAUUUGCGACUUGGGCUUAUGUUCAAGGUUCAUACUGACUAUGGUUCAGCUCAAAAACAUCUUAAUUUAGCACUAUCUGAUGCUAGUACACCUGCAUUAUUUUCAAAGCUUGAAAUUAAAUUUCAUAUUGCUCAUCUUCUUGAGGUUGAAGGAAAAUAUCGUUUAGCAAGAGAAGAAUAUGAAACAUUAUUAAAAGAAAAUUUAUCAGCUCAUUUAAAAGCUGAUAUUUGUCGUCAAUUAGGUUGGCUGUAUCACGUUGUUGAUGGUGCAAUUUUAGGAUUAUCUAAAACUCAAAAAACAGCAAUUGCAAUUCGUUGUCUUCAAAGGUCAAUUGAUGCUGAACCAAAAAGUGGACAAAGUUUAUAUUUACUUGGUCGUUGUUUAGCAGCAUCUGGUAAAGUUCACGAAGCAUUUAUUGCAUAUAGAAAUUCCGUUGAAAAAUCUGAAGGUAAUGCUGAUACUUGGUGUAGCAUAGGUGUACUUUAUCAACAACAAAGUCAGCCUAUGGAUGCACUUCAAGCUUAUAUAUGUGCUGUUCAAUUGGAUAAAUCACAUUCAGCUGCUUGGACAAAUCUUGGAAUUCUUUAUGAAAGUGUCAGUCAACCCAAGGACGCAUUAGCUUGUUACGUAAACGCAUCACGUGGUAAUAAUAACAACAACAACAGUAUAUCACAUUCACCCAGUCCAUUGACUGGUCUAGGUGGUGCCAAGUCUGGUGGCACUACACCAAUGAACCCGUCCCUUCAACAACGCAUUAAUUUUCUUCAAACUCAUUUGAGUCAAGCACCAAUGCCAUCCAUAGCAUCAAAAAGACGGCUAUUGCCGUCAAUUGAAGAAGCUUGGAAUCUUCCAAUCAGCGCUGAAAUGUCGAGUAGACAACAGCAACAACAACAACAACAAGCUCCUAAUACACCUGGAUAUAAUAAAUAUUCGGUACCACCGUCAAAUCCAGCACCACCACCACCACCGCCAUAUCCACAAAAUCAAGUGCAAAAUAUACAAAAACGUUUUAAACCAGAAGAUCAAAUGUCAAUUAAUCAACAACAACCACAGCCACAACAACAACAACGUCCAUCAUAUUAUUUAACACCUCAGCAACUUCAAAUGUUACAUGUUUUACAACAAAAUCAGGCAAAUUUAAAUCCACAACAACAAAGUAUGUUUCAACAACUUCAACAUCAAUACAGAGCAAUGCAACAACAUCAACAAAAUCUUCUUAGACAUCAACAACAACAACAACAAGUGCAACAGCAGCAACAACAACAACAACAGCAAGUGCAAGUACAACAACAACAACAACAAGUGCAAGUACAACAACAACAAGUGCAACAACAACAACAAGUACAAGUACAACAACAACAAUUGGCACUGGCACAACGUGGUUUGAGGCCUGCUCAACCUGGUUAUGGACCAUCAUUAUCAGGACAACCAGGUGUAUUAAAAAAUUAUGGUAUACAACAGCCACAAAGUGGUUCAGUAGCACUUCAAACUGGUUUUUCAGAUACAAAUAUUGGCUAUAAUGCUCCAGCAACAGGCAAUGCACAACAAUCACCAGGUAUGCCUUAUAAAUCAGCAUCAGAUCCAACAUAUAAUACACAAAGACAAGCUCAAUUUAAUAGUAAUAAUAAUAAUAGUAAUAAUAAUAACAAUCAACAACAACAACAACAAUAUCAAACAACAAAUAAUCAAUAUGGUGCUCAAGGUUAUACACAAAUAACAUCAACAACAAGUAAUUAUCCAGAGGGUGCUGCUGGUGGUAAUAAAGAUCUUGGUGUAACUGAUCAAGAGCUACAAGCAUUAUUAUCACAAAAAGAUAUUGCAACAACAUUAGCUGAAGAUUUAUUAAAACAUUUUGGAUCAGAAGAUUUAGAUGUUAAAGAUGAUAUUCCAAUAAUGAAUAAUGGUAAUUUAAGUUGUGGACCAUUUUCACCAUCAAAUAUUGAUAAUAAUAAUGAAAAAUUAAAUAAUAAAGAUAUUAAAAUUGAACCAAUUGAUAAUAAUACAUUUGAUAUAAAUAAUAAAAAUGAUAUAAAAUUAUUAAAUGAAACAAUUAAAUGUGAGGCAACAUCAAGUACAAAUAAUAAUAAUAAUAAUAAAAUUGAUAUAUUACGUACAGAGCCAGUUUUAAAAUUUGAAAGUUUACGUGAAUCACCAGUUGAGCCAGAAUUUACAAUUGAUAUGUCAUCAAAAGAUGUAUUAGAUGCAUGUCGUGGACAAGGUAUAAAAGGUGUACCAAAUUAUUCAAUAUUAACUGAUCGUUCACCACCACCAGCACCACCAGAUCCACCAAAUCAAAGAUUAACUAAAGAACAAUUAUUACCACCAACACCAAGUGUUUAUUUGGAAAAUAAAAAAGAUGCAUUUAGUCCACAAUUACAAGAAUUUUGUUUAAAACAUCCAAUAGCUGUUAUACGUGGUUUAGCAGCAGCAUUAAAAUUAGAUUUAGGUUUAUUUUCAACAAAAACACUUGUUGAAGCAAAUCCAGAUCAUGGUAUUGAAGUUAGAACACAAAUGCAACAAACAAGUGAUGAAAAUUGGGAUCCAGUUAUGGCUAGAAAAGUAUGGGGUUGUAUUAGUCAUCGUAGUCAUACAACAAUUGCUAAAUAUGCACAAUAUCAAGCAUCAUCAUUUCAAGAAAGUCUUAAAGAAGAACGUGAAAAAUCACAAGGUAUACAUUCAUCAAAUUUAUCUGAUUCAGAUUCAAAAGAUAGUACUGGUGUUGUUAAAAGAAAAAAAAAUAUAUAUGGUUUAGCUGGUAAACCUGGUUCAAAAAUGCUUAAAUUUGGUACAAAUGUUGAUUUAUCUGAUGAAAGAAAAUGGAAAUCACAACUACAAGAACUCAUUAAAUUACCAGCAUUUGCUAGAGUUGUAUCUGCUGGUAAUAUGUUGAGUCAUGUUGGUCAUGUUAUACUUGGUAUGAAUACUGUACAAUUAUAUAUGAAAGUACCUGGUAGUAGAACACCUGGACAUCAAGAAAAUAAUAAUUUUUGUUCAAUAAAUAUUAAUAUUGGUCCUGGUGAUUGUGAAUGGUUUGCUGUACCAGAUGCAUACUGGGGUGUUAUAUGUGCAUUAUGUGAAAAAAAUAAUAUUAAUUAUUUACAUGGUAGUUGGUGGCCAUCACUUGAAGAUUUAUAUGAAGAAAAUAUACCAGUAUAUAGAUUUUUACAAAGACCAGGUGAUCUUGUAUGGGUUAAUGCUGGUUGUGUACAUUGGGUACAAGCUGUUGGUUGGUGUAAUAAUAUUGCAUGGAAUGUUGGUCCAUUAACUGCAAGACAAUAUCAACUUGCUAUUGAACGUUAUGAAUGGAAUAAAUUACAAUCAUUUAAAUCAAUUGUACCAAUGGUACAUUUAUCAUGGAAUUUAGCUAGAAAUAUUAAAGUAUCUGAUCCACGUUUAUUUGAACUUAUUAAAAAUUGUUUAUUAAGAACAAUGAGACAAUGUUGUUUAAUACUUGAAUAUGUUAAAAGUAAAAAUGUUGAAGUUAGAUUUCAUGGAAGAGGAAAAAAUGAAGCAUCACAUUAUUGUGGACAAUGCGAGAUUGAAGUUUUUAAUAUUCUUUUUAUAAGAGAACAAGAAAAACGACAUGUUGUACAUUGUAUGGACUGUGCUAGAAAACAAUCACCAUCACUUGAAGGUUUUGUUUGUCUAGAAGAAUAUCGUAUGUGUGAUUUAAUGGAAGUAUAUGAUGGUUUUACAAUUCACACUGUUAUUCCACCAGCACCAUUGACAAUUAAUAGUUUGGUUUCUGUACAAACAACAAAUCAAACCUCCUGAGACUAUGAUGAACACGGAUAUUUGAAUUAUCUGGAGACACUUCAGUAAAAUAUUCACAUCUGUGUUUCAAUACAACAAAGUGAGCAAACGCAAUAUAUAUAAAACAAAAAACAAACAAUUUAUUUCAAGUAUUGUCUCAAAGACAAAUACUUUAUUUACAUUUCUUUUUCUUUUUUUUUUUUUUUUAGAUAAAAAUUAUUUAUACAAAUUCAUUAGUUUAAUUAUCGACACGAUUGAGAUAAAUGAAAUCAUUUUAUCCAAUUUAAAAAAAAAAAUCAUCCAGUUUAUUUAGUUUAUUUAUUUAUAUAUUUUUUUUUUUUUAGUUUCAAUGUUUAAAAAUUUAAUUUAAAUAUUAUUUUGCUGACACGUAUUGUUUGCAUUAUUUUAGCCCAUGAUAAAUUGGUCGAAUGUUUGAUAUUCGCGAAUGAAAAAUCACUCGGUUAUAAUGGCACGUAUUUUACGGAAGCCGGGUAGGGACAUUGAGUGCUUACGUGCAAUCGUACAAACGCAAACAGACAAGUACGCACGCAAGAAAAAAUAAUAAAAAUCGGUGCACGCAUGCUUUAUUCGCCAUA